GCUCAGAGUGAGCAUUAGAGGGCUUUCCGAAUCCGUCCGAGCCUGUUGAAACGGAGUUGCACGCGGAAGAAAGCAGAUAGCUGUUAGGAAGUUGAGCUGCAAAACCAACAGUAAGGAAGCGUUUUCUCUUGGCUGCCCGCUUAGCUGUGCUUCAGGCAACAUGAAUCCGAGUACCGUGUGGUUCCCAGUGCUUCUGCUGCUGACCCAGAGGAUUCAGGAGCUGGUGGAGGCGUGCAGCUGUGCCCCUGCCCACCCGCAGCAGCUCAUCUGCGACGCGGCACUAGUGAUUCGAGCAAAAAUAUCCAGCGAAAAGGUGGUUCCUGCCAGUGAUGAUCCUCUUGACACCCACAAAAUGAUCCGGUAUGAAAUCAAACAAAUAAAGAUGUUUAAAGGAUUUGAAAAGCUCAAGGACAUCCAGUAUGUCUACACCCCUUUUGAUUCAUCACUCUGUGGAGUGAAACUAGAAGCAAACAACAAAAAACAGUAUCUUUUGACAGGCCAAAUUUUAAGUGAUGGUAAAGUUCUCAUCCAUUUAUGCAACUACAUUGAACCAUGGGAUGAUUUAUCCUUGUCUCAAAAGAAAAGCCUGAAUCAGAGAUACCAAAUGGGCUGCGGAUGCAAGAUUACUACCUGCUACAUGGUGCCCUGCUCCAUCACGACACCAAAUGAGUGCCUCUGGACAGACUGGCUGAUCGAAAGAAAGCUGUACGGGCACCAAGCCAAGCAUUACGCCUGUAUCAAGAGAAGCGAUGGCACGUGCAGCUGGUACCGAGGUGGUCCUCCCCCCGAGAAGGAGUUUAUUGAUAUCAGCGAACCUUAAACUGAUCACCUCCUGAAGAGCCUUGGAGUCUAAUUGCAUCCAACAUUGCACGCUCACAGCUUUGAACUGCCAUCGUCUAAUGUAUCUGUUGCUUAGAAACAAAAACAAAUUGUCCUGUACAACUAAAGUACGAGUCGGUGGAUUUGGCACUCGCUCAGGAUGAGGAACAAAUCUCCUGGAGGUAGCUACUCGGUAAAGUUAUGCUUUGUACAGAGAGGCUCAAGCUGAGAACGCGUCUCUGUCUCCUCUAAGGCAAAACAAGUUUCCUUUUUACCAAUAUGAAUGUACAAGAACAAAAGAAUUGCCAGAAUUUUGUCCCCUAUUUCUGUUCACCUGCAGAGUAAGAGCGCCCCAUGUUUUACUCCAAAUCUUUCUGAUGAACUAUGGAAUGUUUUAUAGAACUAUUUUUUUUCCGUAUGAAAGCCUUCUGACACAAAAGAAUUAUUGUACAGUGUAUAUGUAAACUAUUAUAACAAUGUGCUAUAAAAAAAGAGAUUCAAAAAUCCCUGUAUUUCCUCAUCUGCUGAAACAAGUUGAACACUUCUGUGAUUAAAACAAU